AUGUCCGCGCCGACUAAACGUCGCUCUGCCCGCCAAUCUUCUUCACAGCAAUCAACCCCGCGCCCUGGCCGCAAUGUAACCAGCACACCCCUCCCUCCACCAGCAGAAGAAGAGAAUGCUGGUACAUCACCACUCUUUUACGGCGGCUUGACCUCGAGUCCUAUGCCUUCGAGUGAUCCUGUUAGGAUGAGUUCUCCAACGCCUAUUGAGGAGAGGAGAAAUCCUUCCGCCGCUGCGGCAGGCGGAAGACUGGCAGCCAUUCGAGGGAGGGCAGCAUUGGAUAGUGACAUGAGUGGGGGCUCUUCACCAUUGAGAUAUGUACCUAGUUCUUCCCCAGAUAGAGAUAUGGCUACACCAAGAGAUGUGAGGACCCCGCGAGCUGGCGCUCCUAGUUCUAGCGCGGGUGUAUUGAGAAGGAACGGAGAUGCAAUCGCUAGCACCCCCGCUCGUUCCCGCCGUGGAGAUUUGCAAUUUUCCGGUAUCAACUCUGCUACCCCUACUCGACGCCGUCUCUAUGUUGAUGAGCAGGGCCUUCCUGUUCGGGGUGCUGGUCCUACGUCAGAAAUCUCGGACGGCCCUAAACGUCUCAUUUGGGGUACCAAUGUUUCCGUGGAAGAGUCUACCCAGGCGUUCCGGAAGUUUCUUCGAGAUUUCAAACGUCGCUACCGCAUGCGCAUGGAUGAGGAAUUUGUUGCGCCAGGUCAAGGAGAGGAGCUGGUUUACGUGGAUAUAUUGAGGCAGAUGAGGGCUCUAGGGACAAGUAAUCUGAAUCUCGAUGUGAGAAAUCUUAGGAGUUAUCCACCAACGAAAAGAUUCUUUCACCAGCUCCUCAAUUACCCUCAAGAAAUCAUUCCGAUCAUGGAUACCUGCGUGAAGGAUAUCAUGCUGGAGAUGUUGGAGGAGGAUGGUGCAGAUGAACAAGAGUAUCAAGAAUGCAUGGAGAGAAUCUACAAGGCCAGGCCAUUUAAUUUGGAGAAGAGCGUGAACAUGAGGGACUUGAAUCCAGCAGAUAUUGAUAAGGUUAUUAGUGUAAAGGGAUUGGUUAUCCGAGUCACCCCCAUCAUUCCGGACAUGAAUAAGGCGUUCUUCCGUUGCCAUGUUUGUGGACAUACCGUCACGGUAGAGAUUGACCGGGGUAAAAUUGCCGAACCCACCGAGUGCCCGCGUGAGGUUUGCAAAACCCCGAAUUCAAUGCAGAUUGUCCACAACCGCUCCGACUUUUCGGACAAACAGGUCAUCAAGCUACAAGAAACUCCGGACUCCGUUCCUGAUGGUCAGACACCUCACUCUGUCUCGUUGUGCUGUUACGAUGAGCUGUGCGAUGUUGCAAAAGCUGGAGAUAGGAUUGAAGUUACUGGUAUCUUCAGAUCUGUGCCUGUCCGUGUGAACCCAAGGCAACGCAAUAUCAAGAGUUUGUUCAAAACGUAUGUUGAUGUCCUUCACAUUCAAAAAGUGGAUAAACGCCGCAUGGGACAAGAUACAUCAACCUUAGAAGAGGAGGUCGCAGGCCAGGUUGCGUCUGACCUUGACGAAGUCCGCAAGCUUUCCGAUGAGGAAAUCGACAAAAUCAAAGCAAUUGCCAACCGUUACGACGUUUACGAGCUUCUAUCUCGCUCCCUUGCCCCUUCAAUUUACGAGAUGGAAGACGUUAAAAAGGGAGUCCUGCUUCAGCUCUUUGGUGGCACCAACAAGACAUUCGAAAGAGGUGGUGCUCCUCGCUACAGAGGUGAUAUCAAUGUUCUCCUUUGUGGCGAUCCUUCAACUUCAAAGUCUCAGCUCCUCCAAUAUGUCCACAAAAUUGCUCCUCGUGGUGUCUACACCUCUGGCAAAGGUUCUUCUGCAGUCGGUCUGACCGCAUAUGUCACCCGUGAUCCAGAAACUCGCCAGCUUGUGCUCGAGUCCGGAGCGCUUGUCCUUUCUGACGGUGGUGUCUGUUGUAUUGACGAGUUUGAUAAGAUGUCAGAAGCAACUCGCUCUGUUCUCCACGAAGUGAUGGAGCAGCAGACGGUCUCGAUCGCAAAAGCUGGUAUCAUUACUACCCUUAACGCUCGUAGCAGCAUCCUUGCAUCAGCAAAUCCAAUUGGCAGUAAAUACAACCCUAACCUCCCCGUCCCGCAGAACAUCGACCUGCCACCUACCCUUCUCUCGCGUUUCGACUUGGUGUACUUGGUGCUUGAUCGCGUCGAUGAGACUGCGGACCGUCGACUAGCGAAGCACAUGGUAGGAAUGUACCUCGAAGAUAACCCAGAGUCUGCUGCUGGCAUUAGCGAGGUUGUUCCAAUUGAGACACUCACAGCAUACAUCUCAUAUGCUAGACAGAAUAUCCAUCCAAAGUUGUCUAGUACUGCUGCGGACGAGUUGGUAAAAGCCUAUGUCGAGCUGAGAAAACUCGGGGAAGACGUUAGAGCCGCUGAGAGAAGAAUAACAGCUACAACUAGACAGUUGGAGAGUAUGAUUCGUCUUUCUGAGGCUCACGCCAAAAUGAGAUUAUCAACCGAAGUCACUGUCGACGAUGUGACCGAGGCUGUCCGUCUCAUCCGUUCUGCUAUCAAGGAGUCUGCGACUGAUCCCCUUACCGGACGCAUCGACAUGGAUCUCCUGGGAGGUGUAUCCAAUGCCGAAAGACGUAGAAAGGGCGACCUCAGGAACGCUCUCGCUAGUUUGUUGGACGAGAUGAGCAGAGGUCCGGCUGCUGCUGCUGGAGGCGUCAGAUACACAGAGGUGUUGAAGAGGCUCCAGGAGCAAAGCGGAAAGAAGGUGGAGAGUGGGGAGUUCGCCGAGGUCGUUCGGGGACUUGAGACGGAGGGAGUUGUUAGGGUCAGCGGUGAUGGGGCCAGGAGAGUAAUCAGGAAGAUUAAUACCUUUUAG